AUAUGGACAGGGUUUUAUAUAAGGGUGACUCGUUCAUCUCAGCUGCGGGGAAGAAGGAACAUCGCAGAGCCUUGAGGAGCUUGAGUGGAGCCAAGAUUCUGUCUCAGCUGGCUGUGGCUGAUUCAGCAGGGGAAUCUUCUGGAGAUGACGGUAUUGAAGCUUUUUGGAAUCAUCUUUUUCUGUGGCCUCCUUUCACCCUCUCAGGAAGUGUUGUCUGGCCUGUCCUGUGCUGUCAGUCCGAGGGCCAUGCAGAAUGUUCUCUCAGAUGCCAUAAUUCAUAAUGGGCUUCUCCAGCAGCACCUGCAGGGCCUUGUGCUCCCCAACAUCAUGGGUGAAGGGGGUCUGCUGAACUCUCCCACCAGCAUCACGGGCCUGCACCUCGUCCAGGUCCGGCUGCCCAGGCUGUCGGUGGUGCUGCUGCCAGGGAUCGGGGUCCAGCUGACCAUCGGGGCAAAGCUGCAGCUCAGCGGCAAAUGCUUGGUCGGCCUGCUCUCAGAACUAAUUGAUAUCUUAGUGGAUGUGAACAUUACUGCAAACAUUAAAUGCACGAAUUUUGAAUCUGGCACGGUCCAGGUUGUCACUGAAGACUGCCUCUGCAUUCUUGGGGCCAUAAAGAUCAAGGUCCUUUCUGGCUUACUCACCCUGUCAGUGAAUGAGAUGGUGCUUCGCCAGCUGACAGCAACUCUGCCCGCUUUGCUCUGUCCCGUGGUUGACAUUGUGAUGAACCUUGUGAACAUCCAGCUCCUGGGCACUCUCAAUGCUGUCAUCCCAGUUGGCACGGCAGGAACGAUCCACUACCAGCUGGCCAGCAUCCCCUAUACCUCUGGCAAGUUCCUUGGCCUGGAUUUAGAUGGUGCAGUGAAGCAGGUGGGAGGCAUCACCAUCCCCCACGACUUCCCCUCCGCUUUGCCUCCGCUGAUGGACAGGCUCCUGCUCCUGGUGAUGCGCCAGAGCUUCCUCAAUGCCAUCCUGACCCUCCUGCUCCGGAUGCCGCCGCAGACCUUCCCCUGCACGCCAGACACUUUCUCUGGUGCCAACCGUCUGCACGAGACCUUGUGGACCAUCGCUCCUGCUGGGUGCUCCACCUGCCGUGGGACCAGUCCUGUGAACAUCAGGCUGACCUUGGGUGGGAACCCGCUCAUCCUCUUGGAAGAGAACAAAGCCAGCGUCAAGCUUUCAGUCUUGGUCCAGGUGUUCCUUAACCGUUUAGAUGGAUCCGUCCUCAACCUCCUGCUGCUGAAGGCUGACCUCGGUCUAAACGUCCGCGUGUCGAUUGUGGGAGGCAGGCUGGUGCUGCGGCUGGCCCUGCGCAGCACCUCCCUCCUGGAGUCUUCUGAUGUUGGCAUCAGUAAUAUCUCGAUCCUGAAGCCCCACUGCAGCAGUUUGCUCAUGGAAACAUUACUGCCUGUGAUGAAUGGUGCCCUGAGCAUCGGGAUCCCGCUGCCCAACGUGCUGGGCAUUCCCUUAAUAAAGGUGGAUGUUCAGAUAUUAGCGGGCCUGAUCGUGCUUCUGGUGUGAGCUGGGGAGUGCAAGGCAGGGGGUCUGCAGGGACAGAGAGAGGAAGAGGCCAGCGAGGACAGAACACCAGGGCCAGCAUUAUCUGCUUUUCUUUCCUAAACUUGAUUGAAGAUUAUUGAUAAUAUUUAAGACACUCUAAAGUGAAUUGACUCCUGUGAGUACAGCGACACUUGCAUAAGCCAAACCUGGUCGGCCACUCUGUGUACAAAUAUUUAUUUAGAGAAGUUGGUGUGAUUUUGGGGUCACAGUCAGAGCAGCUGCGUGUGAUGCUGCAGUGGAAUUGGGAAAUUUGUUCUGAGGUCAAACUCUUCCUGAUGAAAAAAGAAGUGAACUUGUUGCAUGUGGCUUCCGAAGCAAAUAUCCUCAUCCAGGUUUGGGAGGGUGUGAAGUGCC